UCUUCCUCCCAGGCCCUUCUCUCCUUUUCCCGCACUGCUAUCCUCAGCUCGCGUCCCUGUUUAGGACUGCCGACGCUGUGGUUUCUCUGUGUUUUCUGCUUUCCACUGCCUUAGGUAGUUUUGUCUCGAUGAGCGACCGUCUGCGCUCCUUCCGACGGCCCGUGGUUUGGUCUUGAGAAGUCUUAUCAUUCGACUCCCCUCUUGUUAGGCAGGCAUCCAAAGAAUCGCCCUGGUCCGUUUGGACUCAGGGAAAUUCAAGAUGCGACCUCCACGCUUGAUUUUUCUUGUCUUUUGCUUCAUCUUCUUCCCUAUCUUUCUCACCUUCUUUUCUUUCUGUUUUUCAUCGCCUCGUGUGACUACGCCUAGCGCGCUCCCUGGUCGGACGGGCGGCCUGCACGCUCUCUUCUCCUUCAACAUCCCCUCCUCACUGUUCCCGCCGUCGGCUAUCAUCAGUUUGACCGAUGACAAUUCGACUUUCUUCUUGGCUAGACCUGCAGCGUUUGGGCCGUUACUACCGUCGAAAGGCCUGAGUGGCCAACUGUGGGUGGGCAGCGGCUUUGGCGAAGGCGGAGCAAUCACCGGUAUCGAAGGCGAACUCGGCUGCUCGGAUAUACCUGGAUGGGGAGAAAGCGAAAACCACCGCAAGCAGGAUAAGUCGACCAAGGAUGUCGAAACGGCUUCUGGAAAGUCUGUCUCGAGCCCCGAUAGUGAGUCGGCGAAGUUACAGAACCGUCGCCGGUCCGAUUCUCAGCAGGACGCCAAGUCCCCGAUCAUUGGUGACGAUAAAUCGUCUGCACCAUCGAUGAAUGACGGGACAGACGACCAUCUCCAUCAUCCUCUUCUCGAGUCUGGCAAGUCAGAUUCGAGCGCUUCGGACCAACAUGGCGACCACGACUUGAACAAAGUGCCUGCUCAUGCAGACAUUCAAUCUCUACAAGAGAGUGCUGAGAUCGCAGGCAAGGUUGUUUUGCUGAGCAGAGGAGGCUGUGGGUUUUUGGAGAAGGUGAAGUGGGCUCAGCGGCGAGGAGGCAUCGCCGUUAUCGUGGGAGAUGAUACUAGGGGUGGUAGUCUUGUCACCAUGUAUGCUCGUGGUGACACUUCCAACAUCACUAUACCCGCCAUUUUUACAUCUCACACCACUGCGCACCUGUUGUCGUCUCUCAUUCCCCAACAAAUCGGGGCUACCACAACCAACUCCAAGUCUACUCCAGCUGAUUCUAGCAAGCAAGACUCGGGCUCCAAGACUCGUACCUCAUCUCUUCCGAGCCCAACUUCCACGAUCUCGACAACUAGCCGUGACGAUGGUUCUUCCACUCCCAAGACAGGAUUCUUCCGUACGAUCUUUUCAUUCCUGGGACUUGGUGAUGAUGCCGAUUCAUGGUAUGGCGCAAACGAUAACUGGCGCCCACCGAGCAGCGGGAACAUCGACUGGAUCACCAUGGACUCUUGGGAUGAUGAAGACUCCUCCCUGAACGCCAUGAGCGCUUCGAGCGACUAUGACCGUGACAACGUUCAGAAGCUUAGUAAAUCCAAAAAAUCUGGCUCGACGCUCACCGGCCCGGACAGUGACGACUUCAUCAUCGGAGUGCAAGAUUGGCGAGAUCCGGAUCUGGUGGCUCCUAAGAGCAGUGUGCUACCUCAGCCUAGCAGUACGGCUAAGGACAAGACAAACUACAAGAGCGGGAGUAAGGACAGCCUGAAGGGCGGCAGCAUCACACCAGGAAGCGGUGAAUACGAGUUGGUAGACAAAUCUUCUGCAAAGAGCAAGGAUUCGGGUACAAAGAUGUCUAGUCAAUCGACCUCAACGAGUGAAGCUUCCAACAACGCCAAGCCUGGUUGGUUCUCAAGUCAUUUCAGUUGGUUGCAGGAUAAAGAGCCCAUGGUCGAUGGGCCUUCUGGUCCAGAGGAGCAAAAACGCCCGCUGGAUGCGAAGACACAGAAGGCAUCGUCAAGCUCCCGAAAUCAUCAGAGCCUUCAUAAAAACGAGCAUGAAGGCUUGUGGGUCACCUUGACUCCUACGAGCAUGUCAACCAGUCCAUUCUUUGAUACUCUUCUUGUCUUGGUUGUGAGCCCUCUGCUCACCCUCACGGCUGUCUACGCCCUACUGUUGCUUCGAUCCCGCAUCCGACGGCGGCGGUGGCGUGCUCCGAAGUCUGUCGUGGAUCGUCUCCCCGUCCGUACCUACCACACCAUUUCGCGUUCUUCUUCUUCUACUACUACUACUACUACUACUACUACCAGCAGCCCGAAUUCAUCCUCUCCUGCUUCACCCUUGCUGGGGUCCGAGAAUCGCACCGGAAUUCUCGGGUGCAGACCGAGGUCCCAAACGAUAUCUGGAAUUGUCUCGAGUGCUCCCGACCCUAACCCGGUGUCCCCGCCGAAGGAGAAACUGGCCUCCGGCUCAACCUUGUGGCGCCGUAAGUACACUGGAAGGCAAGUGGAAUGCGUGGUCUGCCUGGAGGAGUAUGUCGAUGGGCAGAGCCGCGUUAUGAGUCUGCCCUGUGGUCAUGAAUUCCACGCGGAGUGCAUAACUCCUUGGCUUACCACACGUCGUCGAACCUGUCCCAUUUGUAAGGGAGACGUUGUCCGGUCGUUGGCGCAGACCCGCGCAGACGAGUCGCGCGAGCAAACUGGAGAGCGUGUAGAAGCUCCAACAUCCGAAGCUCGCCCCGAAACCUCGUCUUCUCCCGUCGCCGUAUCUGGCUUCAGCGGGGACCUUUUGAAUCCCCACGCCGGAGCAGACGUCAACCUGCUGGAGAGACAUGCGUCUUCCGCACCCCAGUCGGGGCUGCGAAACUUGGCGUCGAUGAGCUAUUCUAUGCUGAGCGGCGAUGGCAUCUGGCACCAAACCCGAAACGACCGGAAUAGAUAAUCUAAUGGUGGGUUGGGUACUUGGAUUUGUGGCUCCGAACUGAGAAACAACUCGAUAUCUCUUUGCGCGGUUUUCUUGUAUUAAAUUAGCGAUCCUUUUGAUGUCUCCUUGUCCACGGCCUGGCGUUAGCGUUCUAAGAGACCUGGUGAUAUCCUAAGCAAUUAAUUGGCUAUGUAUCUUUGUAGAGCAUUCCUCAAUGACGUCAUCACUUCAACACCAAGGUAUAACUUAGGUAGGUAGUUAUAAAGUAGUUAGACUACCAACCCAUUUACCACAAUUGUCAUAAUCUAGUACGAUGUCAACCCAUAUCAAAGCCGCACUAGCAGACGAAGCGUCG